GGGAGCGCACAGAAGGCACGGAGCGCUGCGGACGUUAAUUCGCAGCCACCUCUCCGCUGAGCCUUACUGGGACUUCGCUCAAGUUUUUUUUUUUUUUUUUUUGAACAAAUCUACAAGUUGUUUUGAUGCUUUGACGGAAGAGGGAGAGUCAGAUCAGCUGAGGAACAUGGGGAGCUGUUUGACGCGCGGGGGGCAAGUUUUACGCCACUUGCUGCUGUGGCAGGAGCGCGGUGAUUCUUCCCAAAGCGUUCUCAGUUUGAGCAACUUUUAAAGCAUGAAGUCCUUUGAUGUGGCAUGUUUCCUCCGUUGUGUCUUCACGCUCAGGGUUGCGACUCAUGGGAUGUAGUAAAUGGAGAGCUGCGUUCAACUUUGGACACCUGAGGGUGCAGUCCAAGCUGUCCGUCUUCUUUACCAUGAUCAUCCUCUUCAUGUACCUCUUCUACUGCCUCAACGGAUACUGUGACUCCUUGCCCAGGCCAGUCUAUGACCAACAGAGUAAUUUUCAAAACAAACUCAUUUUAAAUGAUGGACACGACGCGUCCCUGCAGCAGGAGCAGCAGCUCGGCGCGUAUAACGCGUCUCAGGUUGUCCGGGAUCAGCUGUCGGACUUAUCGAACAGCGAUGCUCCGUCUCAUAAUAUCUCUAUAGCCAACACUUUCGGUAGCAAAAAGUUUCCUCAGGCCAUCAUCAUCGGGGUGAAGAAAGGUGGCACGCGGGCUCUGCUAGAGUUUCUGCGCAUCCAUCCGGACGUGAGAGCAGUCGGCUCUGAGCCGCACUUCUUUGACCGCUUCUAUGACAAGGGACUGGACUGGUACAGGAACCUGAUGCCUCGUACUAUGGAGGGUCAGAUCACCAUGGAGAAGACGCCCAGUUACUUUAUCACCAAAGAAGCCCCUCGUCGCGUCUUCUCCAUGAGCCGCCACACCAAGCUCAUCGUGGUGGUGCGUGACCCGGUGACCCGGGCUGUUUCUGAUUACACUCAGACUCUUACCAAAUCUCCCGGGCUCCCGUCCUUCAAGAACCUGGCUUUCCGCAACGCCACCACAGGCCUCAUCGACACAUCGUGGAGUGCCGUGCGCAUCGGCAUCUACGCCAAGCACCUAGAGAACUGGCUGCGCUUCUUCCCACUCUCGCGCCUCCUCUUCGUCAGCGGGGAACGCCUUGUGACGGACCCGGCGGGCGAGAUGGGCCGAGUCCAGGACUUUCUGGGGCUCAAACGCGUGGUGACAGACAAGCACUUCUACUUCAACCAGACCAAAGGUUUCCCCUGCCUAAAGAAGCCUGAGGGGAGCAGCAGGCCGCGCUGCCUGGGGAAGUCGAAGGGCAGGCCCCAUCCCCAGAUCCCCUCUGAGGUCCUGCAUCGGCUCAGAGACUUCUACAGACCCUUCAAUCUCAAGUUUUACCAAAUGACUGGCCACAAUUUUGGCUGGGACUGAACGGCUACUCGCCAAAGCUCUUAAAAACUGUUAGUAGCAUUCUUGUUAAGCCAACUACCAGAACCAGACAGGGAUAUCUUGAAGACGUUGUGUGUUACCAAAGCUUUUACUGUGCAAAAUAUGCCUUUCCUUCAUUUCUUAAGCUAUGAAAACUCCCGCCUUCCUCCAGAUUUACAGCCAUGCUAGCAAAGUUUGUGAGAGCUUCGAUCCCCUGAGCCACUUUAGCAAGCAGUGCUGAGGAAAAGCUUGUGAGAAGUGCUGGUUGCUGCUGCUGCAGUGUGACGAGUGACGAGCACUUGGCACCCCGAGUGCCAGAGGUACACUGAGCUCUUAUUGCUGUCCAGAACACUUAAAAGCACAGCCUCUAUAUUGAAAAUAGCUCCACAAAGACGCUAACACUGCAAAGAGAUGUGCCUAAAGUUAAACCAAAUGGCAAAAGAGUAACAAGCCUUGACAGCCUGGCAAAGCUACGAUAAACCAGCUCUGCUUGAAAAAAGAAAACACUCAGAGAAAAGAAGCAAAGGGGUUUUGAGUUAUGCACAAUGGCACAAUCAAAAUAAAUGUAAAUGUGGGUUAUUGAGAUAUAAAGUAAUCAUUCAGACUCAUUUAAAUCCGUUUAUACAGUGUAUGCAGUUCUUUUUUUCUUCAGUUCUUUCGAUGCAAUCUCCAUUUCUGGACUGUCUUUAAUAAAAAUUAGAUGUAGCAAACGCAGGAGGAUACCUGGUACUGGUGCAAAAAGAUACCAUAAAUAUUAAACAGUCCACCAUGUGCUGUAAAUUUGCUGUUAUUUAUGUCGUCAAUACAAUGCUUGUAUAAAAUGUUCUCUGCAAACAACACCUGUAUCUGUGAAUGUUCUCUACUUCAUUUAAUCAACAUUCACCUCCACAAACGGUACUUACAUGCAACUGUAUAUUUCUAAAAGCUUAAUUUAUAAGAUGACAAACUAUUGUUGAGAUGUUUUCUCUGAGACCUUUUUUGUAUAUGAAAUUCUGCUGGAACUUCUGACUAAAACUUUUAUUCUCAAACAUGUGU